CCUCCAAAACUUACUGUACACGAGCCGUAUGACACACGGACACGUAGGUAGCUGAGGUGGCGAUUUGGUGGCUUCGUCUCCAUCCUCUUGCCCCAACCAGGCGCAGAUGGAUUCUUGGUGAUGAAGUGGGCGAGUCAGAUGGAUUUGCUUCUCUGUUUUUCUCACGAUCUGUUUUAGGUUUAACUAGACCAAUCUUUGCAACGAUUUUUUUGGGUAGUUAGUAUUAUGUUUUUUUCUUUUUCCUUGGAGGGGUAAAAACUGGGAUCUUACGAUCGCUUUUCCAAGUAAACUUUUCUUUUUCUUCCAAGUGGGUUUUGUUUAGGCCUUCAAAUCACUUUAUCCAAUUGAUUUAUGCCAUCAUUGCCAGCAAGGAUCCAGUGCCUCUGAGAGACUCGAUUUUGGAACCAGACAGUAGGCAAUUGAGAAGACAAGUAUAAGGGUUUGUAUUCCUAUAUAUAUUUUCCCCAACUUUGGAGUCAGUUUCUACUUGAAUUGGCUAUGGGAGGGGAAGGGGGAACCCAAACAAAGUCUGCAAAACCAUCUCCUACAUCACAGGUAGGAGGGGAAGGAGGAACACAGGCAAAGACUGUGAAGCCAUCUUCAACGCCACAGGAACAACCGGCUGCUACACCUGCAUAUCCUGAUUGGAUCACCUCUUUUCAGGCAUAUUAUGGUGCAGGUGUCACCCCCCCACCACCUCCUUAUUUUGCAUCUGGCCCAACACCGCAUCCAUACAUGUGGGGAGGUCAGCAUUUAAUGCCACCUUAUGGAACAACUCCUCCCUAUGCUGCUGUGUAUCCAUCUGGAGGAAUUUAUGGCCAUCCAUCGGUACCUCAUGGUGCGCAUACAUUCACUCAAUAUGGGGUCCCAUCAAAUGGCAAUCCUACAGAUGUUGUAAUGACUUCAGUUACACAAAACACAGAUCCAGAGGCAAAGUCCUUGGGGGCUAAAGGACGGAAUUCAAUGAAGAGGGUAAAAGGAAGUUUGGGAAAGCUUGAAAUUGUUACAAGUAAAGGAGAGGGUGGAAAAGCAGCACCUGCUACUGCAAAUGGCGCCUUCUCACAAAGAACUGCCAGUUUCAGCGGGGACAGUGGUAGUGACGGUUCAAGUGAAGGGAGUGAGGAAGGCAAUUCACUAAAUGGGUUGGAUACUGGGAGGAAAAGAAACCUUGAACCACUAAUCAUGAAUGGCACAGGUGCACAUGAUAUGAAUAUUCCAGCUGGAGAAGCUAAGUUGACUGCAAGCAGGGGUGCAAUAGUAUCAAUUACACCUGCAGCAGAAAAGCUAGCAGUCAGCUUACCUAUGCCAAAUCUAAAUAUUGGUAUGGACUUCUGGAAUGCUUCUGCUGCAGGAUCUGUUGCUCCUGUAAAAGGAAGACGAGGAACAGCUGCUAUUACAUCAACAAUAGUUCCCACAAACACUCAGCUAAUUCCAGGCCGUGAUGGAUUACCCUCUGAACUAUGGGUCCAGGAUGAACGGGAGUUGAAGAGGCAAAGACGGAAGCAAUCCAAUCGAGAGUCUGCCAGGCGUUCUCGGUUACGGAAACAGGCCGAAUGUGAAGAAUUGACAGCAAAAGUUGAUAUAUUAUCUGCGGAAAACAUGGCAUUGAGAAACGAAUUGGCCCAUGUGGAAGAGGAAAGGAAAAAGCUUGCUUCAAGCAAUGGAUUGUUACGGGAGCAGCUGAGGAAUCAGCUAGGAGAAAGUGCACUAGCAGAAAUAGAUAAAUUGUCUUCUACAAAGACGGAAUCACACUUCAUUCAAACAGAAAGUAAAGAGCACUUUCAAGUUGCAUCAAAAUUGUCCAACUCAAAUUCUAGCCAAAGAAAUGAGCAGAGGGAAGUUGAGGUCCAUGAAACUACCAGUAAAACGCAUUUGGCAUUGGAAGCAAAUGCUCAUUCUGACACAGUGGCUGUUGGUUGAAAGAAUAUAUCUUUUCGCCUAUUCUAGCCAACUGGUACAAGGAGUUUGCCAACGCAAGUCGACAAGCAAGGUUUAUGAAGUAAAUCUGCUGAAGCAGCUAACUAGGAAUGAGACAAGCAAUGGGUUCUCAAUAAAGUAAUAAUAUCCACUAGUGUCAGUAGAUCAGAACAGAUUUUGCAUGUAAUUCAUACCUGUGCAUGAUAAGCUAGCCGAGCUCCUUAGGCAAGCUCUUUCUUCUUUGAUCCUGCCAAAUCACUCUGUUGCAACUGUUCACUUGAACAUGGAAUGUUUGUGAGAAUGAAGUAUUGGGUUGUAUUGUACGGUGGAUUUUGCAGGACAAAUCUUUGAAGCCAUUUGUAUUUGAGAUUUCUGAGCAUAUUCUAUUUAGCCCGUAACCAUUGGAAGGGAUACUUGGGAAUCAUAUGCUGAAAUAUGUUAAGGAUUAUCUGAAUUGACUACUUGUAUUUGUUUACUCGAUUGUUCAGAAAACACCAUUGUGUUCUUCAUUCAGCAUUCGUGAACUUGUUUAAAUAAAUGAAGGGAUGGUUGCCAA